CCUGAUUAUGAAAAAGAAGAAACUUAUAAUACAUAUCUUAAUUUGAUAUAUGGGUUACAAAACAAAUCAGAUAAUAAAGAAACAGAAGAAUCUGAUAGUUCAACAAGUGAAGAAGAUGAGAUUCUAUCUGGUGUUCAAAUUGCUACAAUACUCAAUUCUCAAUUUAAAGAUUUUAAAUGGGAUGAUACUAAUGUUUAUUCUCAACCAACUACUCCUGUUCACAAUUAUACAGAUGAUAAUAAUAAUUUUUUUAAAGUAUUAAAAUAUAAAGAAUUAGGCAAUUCAUUUUCAAUUAAGGAGAAUGAAGUUUCACGUUAUAUAAGACUUUGGCAAAUAGAUAUUAAUCAGGAUCCUUUAAAAUG